AUGACCAGUCCAUUACUCACCAAGCUGACUCUUGUAUUUUUCAGUGUUUCAGCCAUCGAACCCGGCCUGGUUGGUACUCAAUUCGCGAGUACCGCGUUUGCGCAGGAGGCCGCACCGAAAGAGGAGACGACGAAAGCACUGUAUGAUAAAAUGAUGGGAUAUAUGAUGAGCAAUUGGAUGGCCGAAGGUGUACUGCAAACAGGUGACGAUUGUGCAGAAUAUAUCUUGAGAGCGAUUACGGAUGAGAAACCUCAGUUACACUAUUUCACCAACAAGAAUUUCGAAGCGACUAAGAAAAUAAAGUUUCAUGAUAUGACGGGAGAAGAAAGCCUUCGGGAAAGCAUGAAAUACCUGUCUUAA